AUGUCAAACACUCCACAGUCACUAAACCCUCCGACCUCGACUCCGCGGCCCCUGACUCCUCCUCCCGCGAGUCCGUAUCCGCCGACGCCUCGCCACCCUGAACGGGGCGGCAUAGCCGUCUUCUCCGGCGGUACGGCGGCUAAUUUCCUGGUUGAUGUUUUCGACAAGAUUACCUCGAAGAAGAAGCGUCCCCUGCGUUACAUCAUCCCCAUCAGCGACAAUGGAGGCAGCUCGUCUGAGCUCAUCAGGGUGUUUGGAGGGCCCAGUGUCGGCGAUGUGCGAAGCCGUCUCGUCCGCCUGAUUCCCAACCACAGGGGCGAUGAGGAAAGAACGGCGCUCAAGACCCUGUUUGAGUAUCGUCUGUCUGCGGAUCCGAUGAUGGCACGAGCAGAGUGGCUCGACAUAGUGGAGGCAAGGCAUAUCCUGUGGACGUUCAUCCCGAGCCAGCAGAGGGAGCUGAUCCGCUCAGUCUUCAACACCUUGAACCUCGAGAUUGUCAAGAGAAACAGGCCUACGAGUGUGGCCCGACUCUUCUCUGGCUCCUUCGAGUCUGCAAUUUACCUCCUCUCGCUGAUCUGCGCCAUCCCCGAGUCCACCACCGUCCUUCCAGCUAUCAACUCCAACUUCACGCACCACAUCUCGGCCGGCCUCGCCGACGGGUCCGUACUCGCCGGCCAGGUCGCCAUCUCCCACCCCUCCGGCCCCACCGCGGUGCCGGACGACACCUUCCAGCCCACGGGGAACAAGCACCUGGACCUGGACCGCGUCGAGGACGCCAACCUCCCCGGGUCGCUGCCCGUGCUGCGCGGCCACCAUGCCUUCUCCAAGGACGAGGAGGAGGACCUGGCGUGCCGGAUCGAGCGGGUGUGGUACAUCAACCCGUACGGGCACGAGAUCUGGCCGGUGGCCAACGCCAAGGUGAUCGCGGCGCUCGAGGACAGCGAGACGGUGGUGUACAGCAUAGGCAGCCUGUACACGAGCAUCAUCCCGUCCGUGAUCCUCCGGGGCGUCGGGGCCGCAGUCGCGGGGGCCACGGUCAGGAAUAAGGUGUUAAUCCUCAACAGCAAGACGGACCGGGAGACUGGCCCCGCGGCGAGCCCGAUGACGGCGGUCGACUUUGCCCGGGCCAUCGCGAAGGCGGCUAAGGAGAGCCAGACGGACUUUGGGCCCCUGGGCGAGGCUGAGGUCAGCAGAUACGUCACGCAUGUCGUCUACCUCGAGGGCGCGGAUGCGGGCGCCCCUGGCAUGCCGAGGGUCAACAUUGAGGAGCUGGCGGGGCUGGGCAUCAAGUGUGUCAAGGUCAAGGGGCGGGUGGAGGGUGAAGGCAAGCGGAGGAUUGUGAGGUACGAGGAGACAGGUCUGGUCGAGGCACUGGAGGGCAUCAUUGGUUAA